UCUUCUAAUAUUUGCAUGCCAGACCUGCUCCACCUCCUGGCCUUCCUGUCAGCCAGCAGGGAUGUUUUGCCCAGGACUCUGCUUUUGCCUCCUCCCAUGCUAAGCCACAGAGACCAGCACACAGGCCCUCUGCAGAGUGGCAGCAUCCAAGUCACCGCCAAAGGCAGGGUGCUGUCCUUAGUGAACAAGCUCUACCUGGAGACUCACGGUGCAUGGGGCGCAUGGGGCGUGGAGCAGGUCCCCCCAGAGGCGCCUCUGCAGACAGCUAGGAAACAAGAUCCAGCCCCUAGAAACGCCAGCCCUCAUCGGGUCUCCUGGGUGGAAGGCCCGCUUAGUCCAGAAGAUGACUACCCUGGGCCAACUCUGACCAGCCUGGUGGAGGAAAAGGAGGAGGAGGUGGAGGAGGAGGAGCAGGAACAGGAGAAAGAGAAGGAAGAAGAUGACUACAAAGAAGAAGAGGAAGAAGCUGAGGAUGAGCUGACCCGGCACAUCCGUGCUCUGGUCAGGGCCCGGAACAGCUACGUGGCCAGGCAGUUCCGUAGUUUUCGGGCACGCUUGACCUCAGAUUCUGGGGGGCCCCACAGGCCUGGGGACCCAGCUACAGAACUGCUUCAAGAUGUCCGGCAUCUUCUUACUGACCUCCAGGAUCACUUGGCAGAGGACCCUGAUGUCAGAGCCUUCUUUGGGAGCAGGGGUCCUGGGGCCCCCCAGAAGGACAUAAAUCUUGGCUCCUCGCUGGAGGCGGCCUUGUGCCGGGCGGUGCUGUCUCCACUGAAGCCCCUCCUGUGGAAGCGACUCCGCACCCUCCGCGCCCCGGAGCUGCGGCGACUGCGGAGACGACAGAUAGCCCUGCGGGCGGAGGCAGGGCCUCCCGGCGGCCAGGGGACAGUGCCUAAAGGGCAGGGCCCCGCCUCCGCCCUGCGGAGCCGCAUCCACGCGCGCCUCGCCCACCUGCACGCCGCCUGCGCCCCCCGCCGCAAGGUGGCGCUGCUGCUAGCUGUGUGCAGCGACGUCUACGCGGGCCUGGCUCCCGGGGAGAACCACGAGCCCCUAGGGGCCGACGCCUUUCUGCCUGCGCUGACAGAGGAGCUGAUCUGGAGCCCAGACCUUGGGGAAACGCAAUUAGACGUGGAGUUUCUAAUGGAGCUUUUGGAUCCCGACGAGCUGCUGGGAGAGGCCGGGUACUACCUGACCACGUGGUUUGGAGCGCUGCACCACAUCGCCCACUACCAGCCCGAGGUGGGCCGCGCACCCCAGGAGCUCAGCAACGAGGCCCGGGCUUCCCUGCGCCAGUGGCACCGCAGGCGGACGCUGCACAGAUCUGCCAGCGAGGAAGGCCAGGAGAACUACGAUGACCCACACAAAACCCCUGCCUCCCCAGUCGUCCACAUCAGGGGCCUGAUUGACGGUGUGGUGGAAGCUGACCUUGUGGAGGCCUUGCAGGAGUUUGGACCCAUCAGCUAUGUGGUGGUAAUGCCUAAAAAGAGACAAGCACUAGUGGAAUUUGAAGAUGUGUUGGGGGCUUGCAACGCUGUGAACUACGCAGCCGACAACCAAAUCUAUAUUGCGGGUCACCCGGCUUUUGUGAAUUACUCUACCAGCCAGAAGAUCUCCCGCCCUGGGGACUCAGAUGACUCCAGGAGUGUCAACAGUGUGCUUCUCUUUACCAUCUUGAACCCCAUCUAUUCCAUUACUACGGAUGUUCUUUACACUAUCUGUAACCCUUGUGGCCCUGUCCAGAGAAUUGUCAUUUUCCGGAAGAAUGGAGUCCAGGCCAUGGUGGAAUUUGACUCUGUGCAGAGUGCUCAGAGGGCUAAGGCCUCGCUCAAUGGGGCUGACAUUUACUCUGGCUGUUGUACCCUGAAGAUUGAAUAUGCAAAGCCUACACGCUUGAAUGUGUUCAAGAAUGAUCAGGAUACUUGGGACUACACUAAUCCCAACCUCAGUGGACAAGGUGACCCAGGCAGCAACCCUAGCAAACGCCAGAGGCAGCCCCCUCUCCUGGGAGAUCAUCCCGCAGAAUAUGGUGAGGGCAGGGGGUUCCCCUCCGUGGACUCCUGUGGCUCAUGUGCCCCUGCCCGCUGUCCGCCGCGCAAAUUCUCACCCAUCCUCCCUCUCUUUCCUUCCCACCCCUCAGGAGGGCCCCACGGUGGGUACCACAGCCAUUACCAUGAUGAGGGCUACGGGCCUCCCCCACCUCACUACGAAGGUAGAAGGAUGGGCCCACCAGUGGGGGGUCACCGCCGGGGCCCAAGUCGCUACGGCCCCCAGUAUGGGCAUCCCCCACCCCCUCCCCCACCACCCGAGUAUGGCCCUCACGCCGACAGCCCUGUGCUCAUGGUCUAUGGCUUGGAUCAAUCUAAGAUGAACUGUGAUCGAGUCUUCAAUGUCUUCUGCUUGUAUGGCAAUGUGGAGAAGGUGAAAUUCAUGAAAAGCAAACCGGGGGCCGCCAUGGUGGAGAUGGCUGAUGGCUAUGCUGUGGACCGUGCCAUCACUCACCUCAACAACAACUUCAUGUUUGGGCAGAAGUUGAAUGUCUGUGUGUCCAAGCAGCCUGCCAUCAUGCCUGGUCAGUCAUAUGGGCUAGAAGAUGGGUCCUGCAGUUACAAAGACUUCAGCGAAUCAAGGAACAAUCGGUUUUCCACUCCAGAGCAGGCAGCCAAGAACCGAAUCCAACACCCUAGCAAUGUGCUACAUUUUUUCAAUGCCCCCCUGGAGGUGACUGAGGAAAACUUCUUUGAGAUCUGUGAUGAGCUAGGAGUAAAGCGGCCAUCUUCUGUGAAAGUAUUCUCAGGCAAAAGUGAACGCAGUUCGUCUGGGCUGCUGGAGUGGGAAUCGAAGAGUGAUGCCCUGGAGACUUUGGGCUUUCUGAACCAUUACCAGAUGAAAAACCCAAAUGGUCCGUACCCCUACACCCUGAAGUUGUGUUUCUCCACUGCUCAGCACGCCUCCUAAUGAGGUGCCUACAAAGAGCCCCAUCUGAGCAGGGAAACAUUUCUCUUUUCCUUUAUACUGUUGGUUUUUUUUUUUUUUUUAAUUUUUUGGCAAAAGUUCUUGUAUUCUUUUUCUUUCUUCCUUUCUUCUUCUUUUUUUUUUUUUUUUAACAAUAGUUUAGUAGACUUUAACCAUAAUGGAAAUGCUGAAAGUUUGGAGGGGGAGGGAAGGGGAAUUGAUAUCUCCCAAGAUUAACCUUUACUUUUUGAAAAUUACUGUACAUGUGAUUUUAUUUUUCCUGUUCAUACAUUUGUGCUGCCCAUGUACUCUUGGCACAUUUCAAUAAAAUUGUUUGGAAAAUAAACAGCACUUUCCUGGGA